AAGGCGAUUGUCAUAUGAUAGCUAAGAAGUGGCACAUUAAUGAAGCGCCGCUACAGGGGUCUUUUCUGCUCCUGUCACCGCUUAAAACUAUCAGAUGGUUCGAGGGAGGACAUGGAGGCAGCCACCUAGCUCAGCGGAGCUGCGGAGCCCACAGCAGCGCCCUCCGGAGCCCCGAGGCCGCCGCUGCCACCGUCCUCGCCGGGACUUCGCAGCCGAGCUCGGCCACCCGCGGAGCGCAAGGCCAGAGGCGCUGAGGACCAGGCAGCGCUGGGCGCUGCGGCGUUGAGCUGUGGAGCUCUGAGACCUGGUAGAGCCCAGCCAAGCCGGGACACUGUGCCCCGGCUGCGCGCCAGGGAAGACGCGGCGAGCAGUAGCUCCAUCCCGGAUGCGGACACGCAACUUGGAGCAACUUUAAGAUCAAAGCAGCCGCCGGCCCGCGCGGACCCAGAGCGAGAGAGGGGCAAACAAGAAGAUGCCUCGGCCGGGCCGCAACACGUACAGCGACCAGAAGCCGCCUUACUCGUACAUCUCGCUGACCGCCAUGGCCAUCCAGAGCUCGCCGGAGAAGAUGCUCCCCUUAAGCGAGAUCUACAAGUUCAUCAUGGACCGUUUCCCCUACUACCGUGAGAACACGCAGCGCUGGCAGAACAGCCUGCGCCACAAUCUCUCCUUCAACGACUGCUUCAUCAAGAUCCCGCGGCGGCCAGACCAGCCGGGCAAGGGCAGCUUCUGGGCGCUGCACCCGAGCUGCGGGGACAUGUUCGAGAACGGCAGCUUCUUGAGGCGCCGCAAGCGCUUCAAGGUGCUCAAGUCGGACCACCUGGCGCCCAGCAAGCCCGCCGACGCUGCGCAGUAUCUGCAGCAGCAGGCCAAGCUGCGCCUGAGCGCGCUGGCGGCCUCGGGCACGCACCUGCCGCAGAUGCCCGCUGCCGCCUACAACCUGGGCGGCGUGGCGCAGCCUUCCGGCUUCAAGCACCCUUUCGCCAUCGAGAAUAUCAUCGCGCGCGAGUACAAAAUGCCUGGGGGGCUGGCCUUCUCCGCCAUGCAGCCCGUGCCCGCCGCCUACCCGCUCCCCAACCAGUUGACUACCAUGGGCAGCUCGCUGGGCACUGGCUGGCCACACGUGUACGGUUCUGCAGGCAUGAUCGAUUCGGCCACCCCCAUCUCCAUGGCUAGUGGCGAAUACAGCGCCUACGGCGUGCCAUUGAAGCCGCUGUGCCACGCAGCGGGCCAGACGCUGCCCGCCAUUCCGGUGCCCAUCAAGCCCACGCCCGCCGCAGUGCCCGCGCUGCCAGCGCUGCCUGCGCCCAUCCCGACCUUGCUCUCGAACUCGCCACCCUCACUCAGCCCCACGUCCUCGCAAACAGCCACCAGCCAAAGCAGCCCCGCCACUCCCAGCGAAACGCUCACCAGCCCGGCCUCCGCCUUGCACUCAGUGGCGGUGCACUGACCCGCAGAGGCCGCCGACCCCUCUUGUUCCCCUCCCCGCCAGCGCACUCGCCUUCCCUCGCUCCCAGUCCUGCCCUCCCUCCCCUGGGACCGUCACCCUGACUUGUCUAUUUCACCUUCGGCCAACUCUAUCUCCCCCCAUGAGAACUUUGUUUUGGACCCAGGAGAAAAACACAAACUUGCAGACGGGCCUGGAGGCGCGUGGGAAUUGUCCUAGCCCCCACAGAAGGGGAAGGCAGGGGCCAUCUGAGCCAAGAGGUCCCAUCCCCGGGGCCCCGGAAACCCCUCCCAUUUAAGAGGCAGGGGAAAUCCUGCCUCCCGCCUUCGCGGACAGGCGUGCGUCUUCCUUCAGCCGGGGUCGGUGGGGCUCCCGACUCAGCGCAGCUCAUUCCAACACCAGGUUUCCUGGAGCAGAUUUUCCCUGAGGGCUGCAGCCGCCCAGAGGAGGACCGGAUCUCUGUUCUCAUCUUGGAACUCUGACGCGAAAAUAAGACCACUAAUCUUCCUACCCCACUCGCCUCCGCCCAUCCGGCAGGGGCUGGGCGGACCGCAGCUUCCCGGAGCAGAGGGCCUGCCUCCCCGGCUUCUGCAGUUUUUUUGUUUUGGGUUUUGUGUCCUGCCAGAGGCUCCAGGAGCUGGGAGUUAGGGGAGAGGCUGCCAAGCGGGAAAGGGGAAGCUUGUCCUCAACACCACACAAGCAAAACAAAACUAAAAGUAACCUUGUAUUGUUUACAAAGCGCCCGGUAAAAUGUAAACAGUGAACUUGAAUCUGUAUAGCUUGGCGGGCUAGCGGGCAGAGCCCCCUUUACCUGUUGUAAUGUGAAUGUUUACUCUUCAUUUCUGGCCACGUUUAGGGGAGGGAAGGUGGGAUGGGAAAGUUAAUUGGGAUGUUAACUUUCCGAUUACUUAGAGACCUUUUUAGCUAUUUAUUUUACUGUUGGAAGGGGGAAAAAAAUGAAAUACGCCCAAACUAAGACAACAUCAAGGGCAACCCUAGAAGAAUUUAGAUAAACUGAUUGGUAACAUGAAGGAGAUGUCACCGGGUAGGUCUCCCAGGGACAAGUCCUGUUUGCUACAAGAACUUAUCCAAGAAGCUAAGGGCUGCCAAGAGGUGUAAAUGCUUGUGAAUAGGAAUGAUUAUACACUGUGUAAAAUGCACUUUUGUUUGCUGUAUUCCUUUAGAGUCUUAGGUAAUUUGCUGAAAAACGAACUGUUGUUCCGGUGUGACCUGCUUAAGUUAAAAAAAGUUGUAGCGUCAUCAGAGCUGUAAAAUUGUUACCUUUCAUUUUUCUCCCUGUACAGAAUUAGCAUGGCAUUUUAAAUAUUGAUGUUCUUGUUCCCAGCAUGCCUGUUUUAAGACAAAGAAUUUUAAAAAGGUGUCUACCUUA